CCGCCCCACUGCUGCUGUGCACAAACAGUGCAAACCCCUCACUCCCCCCCUGAGAAGCCGCCUGUACGCUGUGGCACGGGGAGAUCGACACGGUAGCAGCAGCAGCAGCAGUGUGGCAGCAGCAGGCGCGAAGCAGCCGUCCGUGCACGUGCAUAUCUACUUGCGCUGAGAACAACUGACUGGGCAGCUGCAUCUUCGACGGCCGUUUCCAAGGUCAAGAGGGCGCGGAGAGUCUGUUCUCCAACAAAUGCAUUGGGCUUGCUUGCGAGGCGGGAGGAAUGUCGGUAGGCUGACGGGAGCGUGGACCUUGGCGAUAGCUUCAGCAAGCGCCACGACGCUCGCCUUUACCGUCAACUCUCCGGUUCGGAACGACGUCACGAUUUCAUCAUUUGCCCCUUCGGCCCCCGUUUCCGAGGUGGAGCUUAAGCCGGACGUCAAGGCCACGUCGUUCUCGGCUCAAAAUGGCUUUUUUUUCUCCAAGAUGAGCAAGCUUGUGUACUCUCCCCGGAUCGAGGUCGAGAGUGCAAUGCAGGGCAAGGACGGCUUGGGGUACGAGCAUUUCCACUGGUUCGAGGCGGACCCGGCGGUGUCGGGAGCAUCGAUUUGGGACCGCAUCCAAGACACGGAGGCGUUCGUGGCGGCAAACGAUGACGUCAUCCUUGUGGUGUUCCGCGGCUCGAGCGAACUCACGGACUGGACGACGAACUUCAACCUGGUCCGCCGACUCGUCCCGAGCGACUGGCUCCUGGACGGUCUCGGCUGCGACGUGCACCAGGGCUUCGACGAUGCGGUGGAGACAGUAUGGAACCCGGGCUCCGCUCACCCCUCGGGCAUGCGCAACAUCAUAAAGACCCUAUGCAAAGAGGAAGGCAAGCACCGCAAGCUGUACCUCGCCGGACACUCUCUGGGAGGCGCCCUGGCCACCGUCGCGGCUGCCCGCCUGGCGUUCAUGGACGACGUGAAGAUAUCUGGGAUAUACACCAUCGGGAGCCCCAGGGUGUUCGGUGAAAACAUGGCCGACCGCUUCAACGCCAAGAUGAACGACGGCACGCGAAUGAAGGACAAGUACUUCCGCUGCAGGAACAACAACGAUCUGGUCACGCGCGGCCCUCUUCGUCCUUACAAGCACGUCGGAACGGAGAUCUACUUCGACCGAUUCGGCGGCCUCUCGACGAGCACGCUGUUGGACCGCAUUCUCGGCCGGUUCAGCGCGCUUUUGAGGUUCUCCUUGGUCGACGGCGCCAACGACCACGGGGCCGGAGAGUACAUCCGACUCUUCAAGCAAACCGUCAUCGACGAGAGGGUGCCGCUUCUGGACAAGGCCAAAAGCUUGGCGGUGGACGCCGUGCAGAAGGUUGCUCCCGUCGACGAGAAGGCAGCGAAGACGCAGAAAGACGAGAUCGAGACGGCAAAGAAGGCGGUGCUCAAGGCCUCCAAAGAAACUUUCGUCCCGACCAAAAUUCCGGGCUCCGCUCCGGACUACAAGGACACCCCGGAGCCAUGAGAUGUUCAUCGGGUGGGACGGGCCACGUCGUCGGGGAACCAUCCCCAUCCACGCGCUUGGGGUUAUUCAAUCGCUCUUGAGUAAAGUAUCGACCAUUAUCCACACUUCAUCAACGGUGGAUGUGGGAUCUUCCUGUGCCUAUUUAUGUAUCUGGUUUCCUUGCUUGUGAUCUGGAAUCGUCGCGAUUCAUGAUUUUCCGAGUCCCUUAAUGUUUUCCCUCUGAUGUUAUAGAAGUGUGUACUAUUGUUGGGUAAUUGGUCCGGGACCACGGAAGGCUUCCGCGUCAGUGAGACCGGUACGGAUGGUAGAAGGUUGUGAGCAACGAGCGGAACGGUUUGUACAGUGAAACCAACAACAGCAACAACAACAAUCGACCGGAUCCACGAGGAGGGCGGACGAAAAUGCAUGCAUACAGUACAGUGGAUGAAUUCGCACCUCCGCCGUGACUGGGGUUUUUUACAUUGCGGAGUCGGGUUUUUUGUCAUGGCCGGGCCAUGGCCGGGUCAUGCAUGUCCCAUUGCGACAGAGCUAUUUCCUUGUCGGACGUGCAAGUCCGUCAUUACUCCUUCAUGCCUCGGUAAUGAUCGACGCAG